GACCGGGAGACGUACCGCGACGCGCAGCAGCGCCUUUGCGGCGUGCGACCCGCCCCCGCCGUCCCUCUCUCCCUCCCCUCAGGGCUUCGGGCCCCCAGCGCCGGCCGCCGUUCUGCGAACGCGCGGCGUCCGGGCCGCUGCCCCCUUCCGGCCCCGCGGCGGCCCCGCCUCCUCUCCCGACUUCCUUCCCUGAGCGCGGCGGCGGCGGCGGGGACGAGCACCGGCCUACGCGCGGAGCCGGCACCGGAUGGUGGGCGGGGGCCCCCCGUGCGGCUGGGCCUCAGUCCUCACGGGGCUCUAGUGGGCGUUCAGCCACGCCAGGAGAAGGCGCCCGGGGGAUUAACAGGAGCCUUCCCUCGCCCCCCCAUGACUCCGCCUCCCUCCUAUUUAGUAGACCCAACAUGAGUGAAGUUUCCUGCAAGAAACGGGAUGACUAUUUGGAAUGGCCUGAGUAUUUUAUGGCUGUGGCCUUCUUAUCAGCACAGAGAAGCAAAGAUCCAAAUUCCCAGGUCGGCGCCUGCAUCGUGAAUUCAGAAAACAAGAUUGUUGGAAUCGGGUACAAUGGGAUGCCAAAUGGGUGCAGUGAUGACCAGUUGCCUUGGAGAAGGACAGCAAAGAAUAAGCUGGACACCAAAUACCCAUACGUGUGCCAUGCCGAGCUGAAUGCCAUCAUGAACAAAAAUUCGACCGAUGUGAAAGGCUGUAGUAUGUAUGUUGCCUUGUUCCCUUGUAAUGAAUGUGCUAAGCUCAUCAUCCAGGCAGGUAUAAAAGAAGUGAUUUUCAUGUCUGAUAAAUACCAUGAUAGUGAUGAGGCAACUGCUGCGAGGCUCCUGUUUGAUAUGGCCGGGGUGACAUUCCGGAAAUUCAUACCAAAGUGCAGCAAGAUUGUCAUUGACUUUGAUUCAAUUAACAGCAGACCGAGUCAAAAGCUUCAGUGAGUUACAUCUCAUUAAAUCGCCAGAAGAUUGGGAUUAUCCUCUUCUAAGAAGUUGCUAAUGCCUUUUAUCUUGAAGUACACAUAACUUCUUACUAGCCAGUAUGGCAAAAGUAGACAUCUAAAGAAUAUAAAGCCUCAAAUCUUCCUUCCUGCCUCUCUUGUCACAUGGAAUCUACAUCUGUUUGAACUAUUGAUUUAGGGUUUAAAAUAGGGGAGCUUGUGGUGGCCUGGUGCACAGGGCUAGAACGAGGGUGCCUCCCCUUCCUGUGUCCUGGCUGGCUGGGAUCCUGGUGGCUCUUCAGAGGAGCGUCAGCUGUCUGUCAUCCGCUGCGAUCCGGCAGCCUCUCUUCACUGCUACAUGUGCUGGAAGGACAAAUAAAUAAUUGUGGUUGUGUUCUUAGCAGGGACGAGCAGACACACUGAUCUGAACAUCUGGCCCAAGUGGAGCAUGGCAUAUAGUGCCCUUGGAAGGAAAUUAGGCCUCAAAUGACAGUAGCAUUGAAGUAUUUGCGGCUGAGUUGAGGGAAACCCCCAGCCACCCUCACGGAAUCCGAGAUAGGGUGGCACAUCUGUCCUGACAGACGAGGAGUGUAACUGAACCAGGAAUAUUUCCUCCAUCCCUGCUCUCCCGCUGCACACAGGGUGGUGGCACAUUAUCCCUGUGAGGGCGGGGGGAUGCCUGUUGUUUUGGCUCAUUUUGGGUUUGUUGGUCACAUGGAGCUCUUCCAUUUCGUUUAGCUGAAUAAUGAGUUGUUCCUAGAGGAGACAGCCUGUCUCUCCUUGUUGCCCCCAAAGCCCAUGCCCUGCCGUGGUGGCAGCUGGGGCUGUGGAUGGGAGGGGUCCCCAACAUGGAUGUGUUGCCCCUCCUCCGCAUGCCAACGCGGUUCAUGUACAAGGCCCCUCUGCAACUGGAGAGAAAAUUCCUGUCCCGUGAGUGGAUUGUGAGAAAUUCCGCCCACGUGGAGACAGUUUAUUGCAGCACUGUUGGUGCUCAGAGCUCUUCUGUGCCCUGGCUCCAAGCUUUCACCUACACAAACGUCACCUUCCUAAUCACCACGGGGUGGGGAGCGUGUGGCUGUGCCCCUUCUCUUUAAUCUCAUUUAAUUUUUAUUAAACAUGCUCAGUACCUGUGUUGAGAAAAGGCUUUCUUUAUCCAAAAGAUUAUUACCUUCUUAAAGUGCUCUUAUAUUUUCAUGAGUUUUUAUUUUGUCUCUGAGAUUCUGUAUUCCACAUUCUAGGGUAUUCUCUAAUUUGGCUCCUUACCAAUAUUAUUAAAAUCUUAUUAAAAUCUACUCUACCAAA